ACUAAAUCGUUUCAAGAAAAAAAAAAAAAAAAUGAGCAGACAAAAUCAAACUUAAAAAGAAUAUUAAAAUUAGCAUAAUAUGCGUUUACGAUAUAUAAUCGCAAUGAUUGCUGUCGUAAUCAUCUAUGUUAUUCUUACAAUAAAAGUAUUCAACAGUUAUUUAAAUAACUUGCCGAAAGCGAGAGAAUCUCGAUAUUCCCCCCAAAAACUGUUGGUACUUUUGUCGCAGCCUCGAUCCGGUUCAUCAUUUUUAGGUAAAGUAUUGAGUAGUUCGUUACGUUCGGUAUACUUUUACGAACCGUUACAUAACAUGGAUAGUUUGUACAACAUAGACAUCAACUUUGCAACGUCAAGUCAACGCCAAAUAUACGACAAAGAUGCCAUGGAUUAUUUAAAAAAUAUGUUUCAAUGCAACUUCGACAGAAAAGAGUGGAUUCGAAUAAACAAGUCCAUAUUUAAAUCUUUUCAUACAUUGCAAACUAGAAAAUGCGAAGAAAAAUUGCCUGACGUGAAAAUUCAGUUCGAUCAUUGCAACAAUUAUGUAAUGAAUUCUUAUCAUCUGCAACGUGAAUGCCAUCAAUUUAAUCUGAUGGUUAAACUUCUAGAAAUGCGCGUUCCGGAAGCUGUAAUAGAAAAUGUUGACUCGAUAGUGAGCCCAGAUACUGAUUUUAAGCUGCUUUAUCUGGUUCGCGACCCACGAGCAUCAUUUUGGUCGCUUUUAAAAACUGGAUGGAUCGCUAGUUCCUACAAAAAUAUUUCUUUUCAAAAAUAUGUCCCUCUUAGAUGUCAAGAAAUGUACCGCAACUUCAAACUGCUAGCAAAACAGAAAUACGUCACUAUAAUAAGGUACGAGGAUAUAAUCGUCAACUCAGAAAAAGCGUUGAAAGACAUUUUUAGUUAUUUAGAUGAGGAAACAACAAGUAAAGUCAAAUCGAAAAUUUCUAGACUCUACUGUUAUACACCUGUGUUUAAUAAAAUGUCAAACAACAACUCUUACUUAAACACUACAGAAACUCAAACGGAAACUUUUUUAGAUAAUAAUGAAAACAUCGUAGAUCAGCGUAAAAAUUAUAAUUGCUUUUCUAUUAACAAAUGGAGACACAAAGCAAACUUAGAAUUCGUAAAACUUGUCGAAAAAAGCUGCGUAAACAUUAUGAGUGCAUUGGGUUAUGAACAGUUAGGCAAAAAAGCAAAAACACUUAAAAAUUUUAGCCGUUCAUUAAUUCAUCCAACCAUUCAACAUUUAAUAUAAUACAAAAUAAUAUUAUAUACAGGAAUGAACACUUGUAACACGCACGCCAGUGUUUAAUAAAAUAUAUAAUAAUAAUGAUGAUAAAUAAUUACAUACCUAAUUGGUUUAUAUUUACUUGGAACAACAUAAUUAAAUGUAUGUAAAAUAAUUAUUAAAAAAAUGUUUAUAUUUACUUGGAACAACAUAAUUAAAAAAAAAUUAUAGGGUAAGGUUGCCGAUAUUGUACCGGCGCCUAAAUUGUACUAUUGCUGUAUCUAGUUAUUUUUACAACCCAGAAAAAAUCUUUUGACUUUAA